CAAAAAAGCACCGUGACCGAAUUUUCCAUUGCCUCGAUUUAAUCGCGAUUCCUGCCGGCACACCCCCUGUCACAUCCCCACCGCCGAGGAGUUCGAAGGCGAUGCCUCGGAAAUCGUCCAAGGCCGCCGCCAACGCACUCCAACGCCUCAACCUCGACGCCGAGGAUGCUCCCGUAGAGACGCUGCCGGCGAAAGCUUCUUCGUCCGGGACCGCCGCGGUGGGUGGGGGCCCGGAGGAAGAGUGCUUGAGAAGGCUGCACGAGCUGGUGGGGUUUGGUCGGGAGAGAGUGGAGUUGACUGAGGAGGAGGUGCGCGCCAACGAUCAGAGGCAGGAGGACGAGAUAUGUGCCCUGGAAGCGAUUUUUGGUGACAAUCUAGUCAUGUUCAGUAGAAAGGAGGGCCAGCGAUCUUUCCAGGUUCAUGUGCAUAUUGAGAUCCCAGAUGGUACAAAUGUAUCGGCCAGGCUCAGUUCUGGUGCUGGGACACCAAAUUACAAGCAAGCACAUGAUCAUGAUGGUGAUGCCAGUGAUGAGCUGUUUUACAAGUUUAGGGUUGAUCAUUUACCUCCGAUCCUGUUAUCAUGCCUCCUGCCUUUGUCGUACCCUAGCCAUCAACCACCUUUUUUCACUAUAUCCACCGAAUGGCUGGACAGAGUGAUGAUUUCGUCAUUAUGUGAGAUGCUGGAUAUGACCUGGGAAGAGCAACAAGGCAUGGAAGUAAUAUAUCAGUGGGUGCAACGGCUCCAAAGCUCUUCCCUUUCUUACUUAGGGUUUGGCGAUGAGAUAGUUUUAAGCAAGCAUGAUCAAACAUAUGCUGAAGAUGGUGGGGAUAAGCGUGCUUUAACACACAAUGCUCCACCUGAUGUUACAAUUCCAAGGAUUAUUAGAUACAAUGAUGAUAAGCAUCAUGAAGCCUUUUUGUAUGCUAUCCAUUACUGCAUGAUUUGUUUUAGCGAGUUUCCAGGUGAUGAAGCCUUGUGUCCAAGUUGUUUAUUCAGCUUUUGCGCACUUUGUAGAGAGCGGCGUCAUGUUGGGGUGCAAUGUUUAUCUCCAGAAGAAAAACUUCAUGUUUUGGAGGAACGUCAAAAGUCCGCACGAACAAAGGGAGAUAUUCAGAAGCUUAUGGAUGAAGUAUGCACCAUCAAGGAAAUUUUGAAAGAUGCAAAGCAAUGCCCGCGUUGCAAGAUGGCUAUAUCUAAGAUUGAUGGAUGCAAUAAGAUGACCUGUUGGAACUGCGGCGAGUUUUUCUGCUACCAAUGUAACGCUGCAAUUAGUGGAUAUGAUCAUUUCAAGGGUGAUUGUGUGGUAUUUGAUCAGGUUGAAAUCGAUAGAUUGCAGACACAUAUGAAUCAAAGGCUACACCGCCUGGUUAUUGGACGAGUGCAGGCUGCCUUGUUUGCACGAGGACAUGCUUACCCGUGUCCUACUUGCGGCCAAGCAAUUCGGAAGAUUGGAAACAACAAUCAUCUGUACUGUUGGUCAUGCAACCAACACUGCUGCGCAUUGUGCCGCACGUCUGUCCAGAAGAUGUCACAGCAUUUUGGUCCCGCGGGAUGUAAGCAACAUACUGCAAAUCCCUGAUGCUAUGCGCGCAGCCUCAAAGUAAUUGCAAUGCCCAAAGGUUCUCUUGCCUUGUACUCCCUCCGUUCCAAAAUAGAUGACCCAACUUUUUACUAACUUUAGUACAAAGUUAGUACAAAGUUGGGUGUCUAUUUUAGAACGGAGGGAGUACUACUGUAACAGCAUUUCCUUUCCAUCGUAUGGUUCUUUGUUAGGCCUUGUUCGUUUAAAUCUCCUCUGAAGGGGAUUGGAGAGGAUUUGGAGGGAUUUUGGAUUUAAUCCCCAUCAACCCCUCUCAACCCCCUUCAAAUACAGCUGGAACCGAACAAGGCCUUGUCUGCCCACAACCCCCUUCAAAUCCAUCUGCAUGUUGAGGGUGCUGGUUGUCUGUCCCGUUGUAUGAUGAACAAAAUUGUUGUCGUGAUGCAUUUGCAAAAAAUCUUUUAAACCCAUGAGGCUGGGAUGUGCGUGUGACGAAUUAAAUUGAAUGUUGUGUCUCUGGAAA